AUGCCACCUUCAAAAUCACUUGAAGUAAAAGAAACUAAAUAUAUUACCACUCUACAAAAGCCAAAGCUUUGCAAGCGUUUUAUCCAAUACUUGUCAAAGCAUAUAUCAGUGAACAUUAACAAACAAUGUUUGAUCAUGAAGGUUGAUCAAUUUGCUAUAAUUCCGGAUGAAAUUUAUAAAUGGCUCAUAAAUGUACUAUCGUUUCAUGAGUAUUAUCAUGGCUCCGCUAAACCCCAAACAUUAAUUUCAAAAGAUAUGCAAGAUAAUUCUUUACGACUUGAGAUGAAACUGUUGUUCCCAAAAUUUGAUUUGACACUAAACAAAGCAGAUGGUGUCUGCAUGAAGGCCUCAAGUAACAAGGAAAUAGUAUUUAUUGAGGUAUCAGGAGGACCCGAAAGUACCGUGGAAAAUCACGUGUGGGAAGAUACUGAAAAGCUAAUCAAAGAAGCGAUGUUUGGGUUGGUGUCUCUGUUGAGAGACUAUUUAGACAAGAAUGCGACGAAUGCAAAGAAUAUACGCACAUACAUGGUGCAAGUUAUUGAAACACUUUUAUUUGGUUUCACAAAUAAAGUCAGCAGUAUUACAGUAUUACCAUUUUCAUUCGACGAAGUUGAAAAGUUUUUGGAAAUUUUUGAAUUACUUUAUGCUUUAUUGAAUGGACUCGAAGGGCAAAAAAAUGAACUUAAGAAGCUGGCGCUCACUAAACCCAUUAAAUAUAUACCUACAGUUCGAGAUUGGAUCUGGGUCCCAGAAUCAAUUGUGAAAUGGAAAGUUAUUGGAAUACUAAAAAACGUGUAA